UUGACGCCGAACUUCACCUUGUCCUUGACGCCGAACUUCACCUUGGCCUUGACGCCUGACUUGACCUUGUCUGCGGAGGCCCCGUAAACAUGCUAAGGCCGCUUUGUUAUGCUGUUCCGCGAACGCUCCGAUUCAAUGAUUUAUCACUUUCCGUUUUGGGCGAAAAACAGUUACGCAAAAAGCAUACACUUCCGGACCUCCCUUAUGAUUACAAUGCUUUGGAACCUGUUAUUUCCGCUGAUACUAUGCGGGUUCAUCAUUCAAAACAUCACUCAACUUACGUAAACAACUUGAAUAUCACUGAGGAGCAAAUAGCUGAGGCGUCAAUGAAGGGUGAUAUCGCUAAAGUUAUAUCACUACAAGGUGCCCUAAGGUUCAAUGGAGGUGGGCAUAUAAAUCACAGCAUAUUUUGGAAAAACCUCAGCCCCAACGGAGGAGGCGUGCCGAGUGGACGUUUGGCAAAUGCGAUCAAUGCCGAAUUUGGCUCUUUCGAGCAGUUCAAGGCCAGGCUAUCCGCUCUCUCUGUUGGUAUUCAAGGCUCCGGAUGGGGAUGGCUUGGUUACAACCUGGCGUCGAAGCGUCUGGAAUUGGCGAUUUGUGCUAAUCAAGACCCAUUGGAGGCAGUCCACGGAUUAAAACCUCUGCUUGGCAUUGACGUCUGGGAGCACGCUUAUUAUCUGCAAUACAAAAACGCCCGGGCAGAAUACGUAAAGGCCAUAUGGAAUAUUAUCAACUGGACUGAUGUGGCAGAACGCUACUGUGCUGCUGCCACGUGAUAUAUUCCGAAUGCCGUAUAUAACGUAUCUUUUGAUAGUUGAGUAGUAUCGCUGGCAAUAAACGAUUUCUUUGCU